AUGAAAUAAGAAAUUUUGAAGAUAAUAUAAUAGUUUGGAAUUACUCUUGUUCAAGAUUUAUCUCUUCUUAAAUCCAAAUCAAAUACACUCAAGACUUAGAAAUCUAAUAAAUAAGAGAUGGAUCAAUAAUAAGAAUGUUAGAGUUUAUUGACAUAAUUUAGAGAUAAAAUAAAAGAUUCCUCAAUGAAGCCUCAAAUUUAUACUAACUUAGAAUAAAUCAAAAAUUUGUAAAGGUCCGGAUAAUAUGGAAAAAAAAAUUAGAAAGUUGGAUAUUGCAUUGCUCAAAGGAAGGGUAAUAUAUGGGAAAUUUAUUACGAAGGAUCUUAAAUGUAAAAACUGUCAUUUGUAAUAAUUUAGUGGUGGUGGAUCAUAUGAACAGGAAGGUAAUGAAAUAAAGAUUGGCAAGUGGAUUGAAUUAAAUAUAGACUUUUAAUAUUCUAAAUAACUAAUUUAUAAAUGUGUAUGAGAAUGGUAAGAAAUUUGGCAAAUGGGAAACUCAGUAUAGAAAGAACAAUGAAUAUGACUUCAAAAAAUGUAAAUAAUAUUAUACAAAGUUGCCUAAGUGGUGGUGGUUCAUAUGAUAAAGGAGUUGAUGAAGCUAAAAUUGGCAUAUGGAUUGAAUUAGAGGAUAGAAUGUAAAAUUUUAACAAAGUAGUUUAUAAUGGUGAAGAUAUUAAUGGUAAAAAAUGGUAGAUGGUAUAUUGAAUAUGAAGGAACAUAAAAGUAAUACAUUUCAUAUAAAGUCGCAAUAGCGGUGGUGAAUCGUAUGAUGAAGGAAUUAAGAUUCAAAAUGGAUUGAUUUGGAUGAUAAUUGUGGUGCUAGAUUCGGAUAGUAAUAUUUAAUUCAUAAAGGUGAAUAUAAAAAUGGGAAAAAAAACAGGCUUAUGA